AUGGGUAUUUACUCCACUGCACCUUCCCGUUUCGACAAGGUUAUUUACUCCACUAAACACCCCGGCUUCGGCAAGGCGACUGCCCUGGCGACAUGCCCUGCCCAGUCCGGCUGCUGUCUUGAACCUUUCGAGUCGGUGAGCAACGUUGGGUGCAUCUACGCCAACGCCAGCUUCUUGCCACCAAAGCCAUAUGCCACAGCCAGGGCCAUGUGCCAGAGUCUCUGGCCCACAGCAGACUUGCUUGUCCCCUACGCCUUUGGGAAUUUGGACGACUACUUGAGUGCUCGAGGAGUGGUAGGGCCCUGGCUGGGCGCCACAAAGAACACCGCAACAUCGCAGUGGAAGUGGGUUGAUGGCAGCUCCGUGUCUACCUCCAGCUGGGGGAGUAAAGUGCUGUUGGGUCUUCUUACAUCGCAGCCUGAUGGUCAAGGCGAACCUAUCGAUGGUUAUCCCACGAACUGCGGCCACUUCCUGUCCGCAGUGGGCCUGCUUGGGGUUCAGAGAAUGGGUGACGAUGCCUGCGAGCAUCUGCGCCCAGCGGUGUGUCAAAUGAAGUAG